CAGCAAGAAGGUGGAGGGGCCCGCUUGAAAAAGUACUGGAGGUCUGUAUCUCAGAAGCUGAAAAGGCCCAAGCUGCUCAGCAGGAACAGCGCCCCCUUCUUGCGACCAGGACUGCCUGUUUCCUGUUCAUACAUGCUGAAUGAAGGCAGAAGUUACACAGCUGUAGGGCGCCUGGAAUAUUGUAAAUGAAUCUUUGAUUCAUGGAGGACGGCAAGGAGGAAUAUGUUUUAACAAGGAUACAAAAACGCUACAGCCAAGUGGCGCCAGGCCAAGCCACGAUCAGAGAAGUGAAAUAUGCCUGAGUCACUUAAUUCCAAUCUCAUAAGUUGAACAUUAGAAUUCAAACAAAAUUUGAUCUUUGAGAAUGUUUAAACAAGAGAGAAAUGUGAUAAAAUGUUAAUGCCUGUCUGAGAAAAGUGUAUCAAGUGUAUUGUGAGUGGUUUUACAGCCUUAAAACAUUAUAACAAUUGUACAAAAAUAUAGUUGGCCACUUUGCGGAUUUCAUUUAUUGCGGGUUAUUUUGGGAACCUAUCCCCCACGAUAAACAAGGCAACGCUGUACGGUGUUAGAAAUGCACUGCUGUUGAUGUGUUCAAGUCUGCCAUUGCUGCCUUUCACCCAUAGCAGCCGUUGGCCAAUGAACUGCUCUGCUGGGAAUAAUGCAUCAUGGGUACAAGUCAAAACAGCUUUUCUUUGUUAUUUUUAACUCUUAUUGGUGCUUGUCUUGUAAAUUUCCAAGCUUCCUUUUUAGUGUUAAGUUACUGUGUGAUGAUUUUAGCGUUCUUUGUAACCUUGAGUCAAACUGUUGAUAUUGAUUGAUGACCUCCUGUGAGGUUAAACACCAAACAGUUACUGCCGUUAACACGUUAGAAGAGCAAGCAGAAGAGUCUACCUCACACUUGGGAUAAGUAGUUAUGGGGAGAAAGUGAAUUAAAAACAACAAAAGUGACAUUCUUCUUUGCUGGAGGGACACGCAGCAACGUAUUCAUCCACCUAAGUAUUAGUGCGUAUUUUUCUUUUUGUACAAUAUUAAUCAUUUAUGGGAGUGCGUCAUAACCCCGUAACGUGGCAACGCAAGGACCGCCUGUAUAAUGUUUGGAGCAUAGCAGUACAUUAGAAUAAAAUAUAACCUUAAGGAAAAUACUGUACGCAUUGCAUAUAUUUUAUCUGAAACAAUUUACAUUUUAUGACUGAAAACCCCUACCACUCAUCACAGCAUGUUCCCUUUUGGGCCAAGUUGCUUCAGUCUGACUUGUUUACUUUCAUUGCUAUUCAGUAUUGUUUCAGCUGUCAUGUUGUUGAAUUACUGGAGACAUUUGUGUAGUCUGAUCAUGUCCUUUGAAACUUUGUCCUUUGGAGAAUCUAUCUAAGCAACUAUCUAUACUAAUACCACCAUUACUACUACUACUGCGUUUGCAUCCGCUUGCUUGUCUGCUGCUGUGACAGGUUUGGAUGAAGGUGAGCAUGAAGUUGAACACCACAAACAGCAGUGGGUGCCCCCCCAGGAGGUUCCCCUAUGGAACAUCAGCAACUGUGUUCUUGAAGAUGGACAGAUUCUCAUCUCCCCAGAGGAGGAACCGACAAUGUGGACACGGACCCGCGUGAGCAGCUGCCUGUCCAGCCUCAGCAUGCAGAAUCUUGUGGAUAUGGAAACAGAAUGUAGUCCUGACAAUUUGGGCCCUCGACCGAAGAAAGAAGAUGGUGGUGUGAAGGCACUGAUUAAGCGACGGCUUGAGAGCAAGGCAAAGAGAAAUAGUAACACUCAAGUCAACCCCAUGGGACUCCACAAAGGAAGCAGGCAAUACGGCUCCAGGGAGUCUGUGUCGAUUCCAGUGUGUCCAGUCGGAAGUCUAGAUCUAAGUGCGGAUGCCAGCACUGUCGUCAGGCCGGUCCACAGCUCCAUUUUAGGGGAGAAGUACUGUUUUGAGGUUAUCAACUCUGAGAGCACGCAUUGCUUUGGCUGCUCCUCAGCUGCAGAACGUGAUCGAUGGAUUGAAGAUCUGAGACGGGCCGCCCAGCCUAAUAAGGAUAACACUGAGCGCACAGAGAACUCCCUCAGUCUGUGGGUUAAUGAAGCAAAGGAUCUGCCACCCAAACGCCGUUACUACUGUGAGAUACAUCUGGACGGGACUCUGUUCGCCCGUUCCACCAGCAAGGUUUCCAGCCACUCUCACCUGGCUGGGGACAGCUCUUCUGGUUCUUCUGGACACCUGGGUGGGAAUGGAGGCGGAACCGGGGGCUUUCAGUUAUUCUGGGGAGAGUUCUUUGAGCUAGACAAUCUCCCUUGCAUCUCCCAAAUCACGUUGCACCUUUUCUGCGAAGAGGACUCAAAAAAAAAGCGGCAUUCCGGAGAGGUGUUCAGCCCGCAUCUGCUUGGUAGCGUGGAUAUACGCUUAGCGGAGAUUCGAGGCAGGACCUACCAAGAAAAGUGGUACCCCAUCAUUCCAUACAAAGUCUCAGCCACAGCAUGCAGCAAAGAACUCCUGGGGCCACAGGCCUCUCUCCGCAUCAAGGCCCGGUUCCAGAACCUGCAGGUUCUGCCUAUGGAGAAAUACAAAGAGUUUGCCGAGUAUGUGACUGUGGAUUAUGAAGACAUGUGCAAAAACUUGGAGCCUCUUCUGAACGUCAAAGAAAAGGAGGAGCUGGCAGGAGCUCUUGUGCAUGUGCUGCAGAGUAUUGGCAAAGCAAAGGAGUUUCUUGUUGAUUUGGCCAAAGCUGAAGUUGAGCGUUUGGGAGAGAAGGAGGCGCUGAUCUUCAGAGAGAACAGCCUGGCCACUAAAGCCAUAGAUGAAUACAUGAAGCUGGUGGGACAGAAGUACCUCAUCGACACACUCGGGGACGUUAUUACACGUCUCUAUAUGACAGGGGACAACUGUGAAGUUAACCCUCGCAAAUGUCAUGCCUCUGAACUGUCAAACAACCAGAAGCACUUGAGGGAAGUGUGUGACGAGGCGGUGCGGAAAAUUACUGACCUGCACGGACACUUUCCUGAAGAGCUGAACAAGAUUUUCUCAAGCUGGACAGAGAUGUGUGAAGACCAGGGAAGACCAGAGAUUGGUCAGCGUCUCAUCUUCGCUUCCCUCUUCCUUCGCUUCUUGUGUCCGGCUGUCCUCAGUCCUUCACUGUUCGGUUUGACGCAGUCUUACCCAGAAUCGAACACUCUGCGCACACUGACCUUAACUGCAAAAGUCAUCCAGAACCUGGCAAACUUCACCCUAUUUGGAGAGAAGGAGGAGUACAUGCUGUUUAUGAAUGAAUUCUUACAGCAGCAUUGGGAUAGAAUGAGGGGCUUUCUACAAACUGUGUCCGAUCCUUGCACUGAGAUCCCAAUGAGCUCGUUUGAUGGCUAUGUGGAUCUACCUUUGCAACUGGCCGUGCUGCAUGGUCUGCUGGUUGAUAUCAUCCAUCAGAGGGCACAGGAAACAAUAGAGAAGUUGCACCCUCUGCCUUGGAUUCUGAACCAGAUAACAGAGUCACUGGGCCCUGAGAUACCCCAGAUCACAAUAAACAGCCCAAGAAGACAAGUGAAGCCAAUGUACAUUCCUCCUAAACACCUGAGCAAGUACAGCCCUCACCAGUCGUCUCUCCAGCAGCUUCCUCAGGACUCCAAGGGUCUAAUAAAUAGCGUUUGCGAAGCGCGAAGGAGGAAGCCAGUCACCAGAACUCAGAGUGCCCCAUACAGACGUCCUGAAAAGAGAAUGAAGAGACACACGAGUUCUGAAGCUCUGCCCACAGCUGACCAUGAACAAGAUUUGGACACAAGUCAGCCUCUUAUCUCAUCACCAAAAGCUAGUGAGUCAAGCAAACCAUGUGCACCAGUUCCCUGGAUUAAAGACAUCCAAAAGAGGGAGCCCAGUGAGAUGAAACUGGAGCACGAAGGUCUCAGCUUACUGGACAGGCAUACCCAAGAACUGUCUGAGCUCCGCCUGGGGGUAGACCAGGUGACGGAGCGUGAGCUUGAAAUGGCAAAGCGACUGGAGGACUUCAUCAUCCAAAGCCUGGACCAGCAUGCAAUGCUGCAGGCUGAAGUCAACGAGAUCCGGAAUCUGCUGGCCGUUCGAGAUGAGCAGCUUGCCAGCGCCACCUUCAGGUUGGGUGUGAUUGAGGAGGAGAGGGAGAAUGAUGAGCGCAAGAUGAAUGUCGCCACUGCAGCAGCUGAGCGAAUGAACACAUUGGAGGAGCAGUUUGUAGACUUGAUGAAGGACCUCCAUCGUGUCAAUGAGGCCUACAACAGCAUCGUACAAGCUGUUGAAAAGCAACCCGUUUAGAUUUCAUAGCUCUUCUCCACAAUUUUGCACAUGGCUGGUUUUAUUAAUGAAUCUUGUAUAAAGUACCCAAAUGCUAUGCUGUACUUGAGUAAAAAUAAAGAUCAGGAUUGAGCCCACACUGAUUAAAUACAGGGCAAGUAUUGCCCAUACCGAUAUCACUACUUUACUUGAAAUUUUUGGUCAUUGAAUGUUUUGUAAUUUAUGCCUUUAAAGAAAGUAAACAAUCAUGAUUAUAAUCAGAAUAAAUCACAGGAUAAAGAAAACGUAUUCAUGAACAAUUAACAAUACAGUAUAUAAAUACAACAAUAUCAAUAAAAUAAUCAAAUUAUUCACUUUUUUUUUUUUUUUUUUACAAUUGUUUGUACAAAAUAAAAUCAAUAGUGAAAACAAAACUGUUGGUUCUCAUUCCUAUGUAUUUUGAAAUUGGCAAAGAGUACAUUUGGAAUACAGGAAGUGAACAAAUGAAUUGCAAUUGAUGUGACAGCCAGAAGGGGUAGGAUUAAAUAAUCUUGGCUAAUCUUCCGACUCCUUUUUGGACAUGUGGAAUUUUGAAUUGUACGAUGUGAUGUAUUCCAAUACAACUUGCAUACAUGGUCAAAAUAUAUUCUACCAUUACCAUUGAAAUCAUUUGGCUUUUUGUCCCCAAAGCCCUCUUGUGUCCAAAAACGUAUUAAGUUUGUAAACAAUAUAACGUAUUUGAACAACAGAACAAAAACAGACAGAUAUUUGGCAACUUAAACAUGGAAGAGAACUGAAAAAUAUCUCAUCAAGCUUAGUAUCAAUCCAAUACCGAUGUGACCCUGUUUUCAAUAAUAGCGAUACUCCGAUCGAUCGGAGCACCUCUCACAGGGAGUCAAUGCGUGCACAAUUUUUUUUUCUUUAAUACUGCGUAACAUGCUAAAUAAGAGACAAGAGAUAUGCGCUUGCUGUCAUUUUAAUCAAAUGAUGUUUGUUUUGACCUAUUCGAUUCACAUAGGGACGAUGCUCAUUGGAAAUGUAUAACUGGCCCUAAUGGAAAUAUGAAAGUACAAACAGAAAAAUGACUAUAUUAGUGUAACCAUGUUUAUUAUGUUGGUUAUUAUGAUACCAUUGUAUUGUUGCCAUGGUGCAACAAGUUGUUCAGAAGCGUGUUUCUAAAACUGUGGCCGCCUGAUUCAGCUCCAGGAUAAAGUUGACAAAAGGCAGGGCAAAAAGACCUUUUGUGUACUAUUCUGUCACAUGUAAACAGGAUUAAAAAUGCAAU